AUGGUCUUCAAACCGUUCACCCAUCUCGCACGUCAGAGUUUCACCAAAGCCUUCACUCAUGGCUAUGCUCAGUCGGUAGUUGCGGCGUCGCAGUCUUCCUACGCGUCCUCUGCCACAUUCAAUCAACUCGCCAAUCAACCGGCAAAGGUCUCCCGGAGCGCAUUGCAAAAUGUAUUCCAACCCUCAAGUUCUUCCGGCGCUGGCGCCAAAGCCAGCCAGGGCGGCUCGGGCUCAGGAGACUUAGGUCUCGCGGCGUAUUAUGCCGCGUGGCAACACGCUCAGCAGACCGGUGACGAUAGUGAUUGGAAACAGUUUCAGGUGAAGCGGAAACUAGGGUGGAAACCGUCGACGCCGGAAGAAGCAGCAAAGUCCAAAGAGGAUGGCGUGAACUCGACGAAUUCCCAUAACUUCGACUCACCCCAUAUCACGAAGGCCUCCGCCAAUGCCGAUGUCAGCGCUCAGGUUGAGGAGGCGGUAGCUCGAGAGAUUCAGAUCCAGGAAGAGCAAGCCCAAGCUGAGGAGGCAUCCGAAACAAAGGAUGACUCGGCCACUGAGGCAUUCCCUGAACUACCAGCAGACGUAGCUGCCAUCGCGGAUGUGUCCACGGAACAAGCUCGUAUUGCCUCCGACCAGAUUGUCCAGCUGGCUUUAGCAAAGAAGUACGCUGAGAUCCCCAGUGCAUUCGAAUCACUGCUCAGAGAUGGCUUGACUCCCACGGUCGGUGCUUACAAUGCCCUGCUGGAAUCGGCUGUGCGGCUUCAUGGUGACACCGCCCAGGCAAUCCCGAAGGCACUGGAUGUCUAUUCUGAUAUGCUCCGUCGUAGGGUAAUUCCCGACGAGCAGACGUAUCGGACUCUCGUCCAGCUCUUCGUGGAGCGCGCACACGAUGCCCUGAAGUCCAAGAAAUCGCUCGAGCAGGACCGGGUCCGCUACGGAGGAAUGGAAGAGCCUGGCAAGUUCAUGCUCCACUCAAGCGAGUUGGAGCGAGCCAUUCUCGAUGAGGACCAUUCGCUCGGUAUCGCCAUCAAACUGUUUGACACUGCUACCACAAGACACACCGAUCUCGUAUUUCCAUUAGACACCUACAGCCGCCUGAUUAUCGCUUGUGCGAGAGAAGGCCAAGUUGAGAAUAUGAUCCGCAUUUACGCCCACAUGGAAACCCACAAAGUUACACCGCAUGCCUCUAUCUUCCCGUCGAUGAUCGAUGCUUUCGCCUCUACUGGAGAUCUGAAGAGCGCUGUGGAGUGCUACAACGAGUAUAAGGCUCUCGCAAUCUCAGACGACAAUGGUACGUUCAGCAUCGUUCAACGCCUGGAUGGCCAGGUGUACGCUGCGUUGGUCAAAGCGUAUCUAUCGUGUGGUAAGGAGAAGGAGGCUUUGCGCUUUUUGGAGCGGAUCCGGGCCUCUUUCGAUGAGGUGACAGAAAACCGAGAAACUCGGAAAGAUGCUGUUGAAACCGUGAUCGUUAGAGAUGGCCUUGUUUCGCACUCCUUGAAAUCGGGUGAGCAUGAUAAGGCGUUGAGUCAAGCUAAGACACGGUUGCGCGAUGGGGCCCUGGAUCAUGCCAUAGCCGAAAUCUGCAUCGCCGCGGCGGAUGCCGGUAACCUCAAAACGGCUUCCGAAGCAUACGAUUGCUUGCCUACUGAUACCGCAAAACGUCAUGGCCCUGCUAUCUCGAUGCUGGCAUUAUACGUUCGUCAAGGCAACGUGUCGGCGGCUAGGCCUCUAUGGGUUAUGCUAAGCACUGUGGGUCAGACAACGCCGGACAUGGUUCAGCCGACAGCGAUGUAUUCGGUGGCCUUAUUGAAGAGUGGUCAGAUCGAAGAAGCCCUAGUCGAGGCCCGUAAUAUGUUUGGCCGGGUCCGCAACGCUUCGAUCGACAACCCUUAUCAACUCAACUCCGUCCGGGAACAGAUCAAUGAAAGUCUUCAUCUCAUCGGUCGCGAAAUUAUUCAGACUGCUGCCGUCCUCUCUCCCAAAACUGUCAUGACUCUCCUUUGGUCAAUGGUGGAAAACGGUGGACUGGUCUCCCCGGUCGCUGACCACGCUGUCGCUAGCCUCGGUCCUAUUGCCAUCCAGCAGCUCAACCCCCGCGACCUAACUCUUGCCCUCCAGGUCCAGGCUGGCAUGCUUGUCAACAGCUCCGCGUCUUUGGAUGUUGCGCACCCGAUCCGCUUUUCUCACAUGCUUGACAUUGCCUUGGCUACCGGACUUCAAAUGGAUCCCUACACUACUGGCGUCGUCGACCAGGCGGUCGGGAAGCUAUUCAACAGCCGUCCUGACAUGGUAAGGAGGUGGCACGACCACCUUGGCCUCACCUCCAGCCCAUCUUCGUUCUUGUCCGAUCGCCACACUCCAGUCUCUGAAAUGUCGACGAUGACCUCCGCGCCUAGCGAAGACUCCUUCGAUCCAUACGCGUAUGCCACCGAUUUCAAAGGAUCUGCGAUGAUUGCCGAACAGUUGGAAAGCACCAGCGGUCGCCCCGAGUCCCACCUCAACGAUGCUGUCACUCGGCUUCGGAACAUGCGCCGCUCUGGGCGCCAUCCUCGCUACAUCACGUAUGCCAAACUGAUCACCGCUGCCGCUAAGUGUCAUCGCAACGAUUUGGUUCAUGAAAUUCUAAGCAUGGCUCGCCGCGACGUCCCUCUCUUGCACCAGUAUCACGCUGUCAAGUACGGCUGGGUGUCAAUUCUUGACGCCAUGGUAGCCUCCUGCCUUACCCUGAAUGAUCGCAGUCUCGCCUCCAAGUAUCACCAGGAGCUUUCGGAACUUGGCUCUGCUCCAUCUGCCAACACCUUCGGUCUUUACAUCACCACGCUCAAGGAAUCAACCAAGACCUUCGACGAGGCGACCGAAGCCCUGAAGAUCUUCCACCGUGCGGUCGCCGAAGGGGUUGAGCCUACUUCGUUCUUGUACAACGCCUUAAUCGGAAAGCUUGGCAAAGCCCGUCGUAUUGAUGAUUGUCUUUUGUAUUUUGCCGAGAUGCGUGCUCAGGGUGUGCGUCCCACCAGUGUUACCUACGGGACAAUUGUGAACGCCCUUUGCCGAGUCAGCGAUGAACGGUUCGCCGAAGAGAUGUUCGAGGAGAUGGAGUCGAUGCCCAACUACAAGCCUCGCCCAGCUCCCUACAACUCCAUGAUUCACAAGGUUCUGGCGUACUAUGAGCGCAUGCUCAGCCGUAAUAUCCAGCCCACCAUGCACACUUACAAGCUGCUCAUCGACGCAUACGCCUCUCUGGAGCCUGUGGAUAUGAAGGCAGCGGAGAAACAACCCGAGGCCGUGCACUAUGCAUCUCUCAUUCAUGCUCAUGGCUGUGUGAUGCAUGACAUGAAAGCUGCCCAGGGAGUCUUCAACUCGCCAUGCCUGUACCAGGCCCUCCUGGAGGCCAUGGUGGCCAACCACCAGGUCGCACAAACUGAGGACAUUGUCAAGGAUAUGGCCCAGCGUAGGGUCGAUAUGACUGCCUACAUUGCCAACACUCUUAUUCAAGGGUGGGCCACGGAGGGCAACGUGAGCAAAGCUAAGACCAUCUAUGAUAGCAUUGGUGUGGACAAGCGGGAGCCCAGCACUUACGAGGCUAUGACUCGUGCAUUCCUCAUGGCGAACGAGCGAGAGAACGCCUCUCGCAUUGUGCAAGAGAUGCUGUCUCGUGGAUACCCGACCGCUGUCGCCAGCAAGAUUGUGGAUCUUGUCGGUGGCGGUGCCGCGGUCGCUGCUGCCCUAAGACAGCCUAUGCGUCCUCUCCGGCUGUCAUCUUCGACUUACUUCUCUCUCCGGCGCAUACAAUUCGCUCAGUGCUAUCACCAAACCCCGCGACACCUAUCCGCCAUGAGCUCAGAGAAUCCAACAGCUGAUCAUCCCGCCAGCCCAGGCGAUGACCAUGGGAAACACCCCAGAAAGCUAAUCUUUGCACCGGGUGACAUCCAAGUAUCAACCCCUAAUGACCAAACAACGCCUCCCCACAAGCCGGACACCGCUACACCUGCCAAUAUCUCCCGACUCGUCGCUGAGGCCCUUCGGUCGGAGACCUCCACGCCCAACUCCGUUACCGAAAGCCAGAUUGUCUCCCACCCCGCUCGCGCGCAUCAGUUCGUGACCAACCCGCCACUCACUGUCUCCCAGAUGCACCCCACCAAUCCGCUCCAUCAGUUCCAUACCUGGUUCCGCGACCCGCGGCUGUCUGCGUCAUCAGCCCCGGAAACUUGUACGCUGGCUACGGCGUCUUUGCCCUCUGGUCGGGUGAGCGCGCGCGUUGUAUAUCUGAAGGAGCUUGACGAGCGGGGCUGGGUAGUCUACAGCAACUGGGGCAGUCGGCAAGGGAAGGGCGCACAGGUCUUUGGUACUCAAGCAGAUGGAGAUAGCGUUCUGGGUGCCAUGCCCGAGCCCGGCGCAGAUGAUGACGAGAUGCCACAAAGGAACAAAUGGGCAGCUCUCACAUUUAGCUGGGGAACUACCGAACGGCAGGUGCGUAUCGAAGGCCUCAUUGAACCCCUUAGCCGCGAAGAGAGUGAACUAUACUGGCGGACCCGCGAACGGGGUAGCCAGAUCGGUGGCUGGGCCAGCUGGCAGAGCAAGGUGCUCUGGUCCGCAGAGCCAGACAGUCUGAUCGAGCGGCGGCGGAAGAGCCUCGCGCAGGAUGUGUUCCCCCAAGCUAUUCCGGGAGACGUGGAUGAAACGGAUAUCGACGAUGGCCGGGCGCUGCUGGAGAAGCGAGUGCGCGAAAUGGAGGAGAGGUUUGCCAAUACGGAGCAGAUCCCAUUGCCUCCGUUCUGGGGCGGCGUGCGUCUAGUACCGGAGUCGGUAGAGUUCUGGCAGGGCCGGCGUAGUCGGCUGCAUGAUCGGUUCCGGUAUGUGAGGGUGCAUGACCCCCAGAGUGACUCGUAUAAAUGGCGAAUUGAACGACUUUCGCCGUAG